GCCUGCCAAUGAAUCGAUCGAAUUUGUCGUCAACAAAGUAUGCGGAAGGAUGUUAAUAUCCAGUCAAUAAUCUGUCAGGGUUUCGAUUCCACUCUCAGCAAACAUUAGCAGAGCAAAUUAUUGCCCCGAUGGGCCCCGUGCGGCGUAUUGUGUUUGCUCGGUGGGUGACGGACUUCCUUCAAUAUAUCCUGGACCAAGACACGGCGCCAACCCUACUCAUUGUCUGUUCCACACGGGAUUUUUUCCUGGAACAACUUGUUGCUGCCGUUCAUGUCCAAUCAAUGAAGACCGUCGACCGGCAUAAACUGCUUACCAAAACCCUCGGAUUGCUCUCCAAAUCCAGCAAGACCCAGGUGGUUUUCUGCCCGACAGUAGAGCAUCUCCGAGCAUAUAUAUCGACGAGUUUCUACCAGCAAACAUCAAUCUUCAAGGAAGAGAAGGUUUCCAGGUCCCUGAUGGCGAUUCUGAACCCUAUAAGUCUGCAUUUUCCGACCUUGGAGUUUUCUGCUCAGGGACUAUCGAGGACACUCGCAAAUGCAGUCGAGGCUGCUUCCAGGAACGGUGUGGACCUUGUUCUUUGCGAAUGCCGAGAUGCUCUAGACCCAACUAGUGACGAACGUGGAGAGGCGCUAUGGUACAUAGAUGUGCCAUUGCUCAGUAAUUCUCUACGCAAAGCGACUGAAGGAAGUAAUUGGACAGGGCGAAUGGUGCCACUGAAGAGAGUUGUGGAGCGAUGGUUCCAAUUUACAGGCAUAGAUCAAACUGGAAAUGCUACGGCUAUGGCAACCUCUUUCAUGGAAUUAUGAAAAACGGAAGAAUUGCUUUGGUUCACUAAAUGUGUAUAUAUAUAUGUAUAUGCAAUAAUAACUCCUGAAUUCAUCAAAACAACCGGGUAUCCUCAACUUGACCCUGAAACUCCAGCGCGAUAGCUAAUCAAUCCUUACGUUAUAAACAUUUCUCCAUUUCUGUGAUGUAGAGCUUUAUGUGCGACUCCAGUUUGAGAUAUUCGUCGUGGGCGCUUUGGAUCUCGUUUUCAAUAUUCUCCUUCAAGUCCACCAUCUUCUUCUCUGUUUGCUCAAUCCUAAUUCUCCUUCUCUCCAUGUCGCGUUGCUUUUCUGCUCGCUCUUCACGAAGCUCUUUCUGAACUUCGCGUAACUCUU